AUGGCAGACGUACAGAAGCUUUCAGUACUCAUCACGGGCUGCAGUGAAGGCGGCAUUGGCUUCGCCUUGGCGCAAGAAUUCCACCGCAGGGGCCUACGAGUUUUCGCAACAGCCCGCAACCUGAGCAAAGUGCAGCAUCUACACGACGCUGGGCUAGAAAUCAUCCAGGUCGACGUGGUGGACCAGGCUUCGAUUAGAGAUGCUGUAGCGGCUGUUUCCAAGCUGACUGGCGGGACGCUGGACAUCCUGGUCAACAAUGCCGGCGGAGGUUACCAGAUGUCACUGCUGGAUGCGGACCUGGACGAGGCACGAAAACUGUUUGAGGUCAACCUCUGGGGCUUGCUGGCCGUCACUCAGGCGUUUGCGCCGCUUCUCGUUGAAGCGGCCGCUCAGGGUAGCAGGCCGCGUGUUGUCAAUAUCGGCUCUGUUGUCUCGCGUGUAAACGUUCCUUGGCAAGGCAUUUAUAACGCCUCCAAGGGCGCCUUAGCCAUGCUCAACGACACCUUGCGCAUGGAGCUCAAGCCCAUUGGAAUCGAGGUUCUACAUAUCGUCACAGGCGGUAUUUCCACCAAGUUCUACGGCAACAGCGCUGGCCAGAAGCUUCCUGAGAACAGUAUAUAUGCACCUAUUGCGGACGACAUCGAAAAAGCGGUCGCCGGCCACACUGCCAGCAGCCUGCAGACCAUGACGCCAGAGGUAUAUGCGAAGAAGGUAGUAAAUAACGCUCUGAGCAGUCGGCCAACGACAACUAUGUGGGUUGGUGGGCAGGUUUCCAUCGGCUGGAUGGGUACAAAGUUCGGCUGGGAUAGCAUCAGGGAUCUUAUCAUUGGCUAUAUGCUCGGUAUGACCUCACUCGCGAGAAAGUAUAGAGAGUCGCGACAUAUCAAGCAGAGCUGA